GCUACCUAAGUUUACAUAACUGUAACUCGACUUUCGCCAGCGUUGCGAUGACUUAACCCAAGCACCGAAGCGCGAACCAAAGUCAACGGGAAGUAAUUGAUAUCUUGUGUACUGGCGUGAACAUUUGCGAAUUCGGGUCUUUCGUGGAACGCCUCCUUCCUAUCCAUUGCUUGCGUUCUCCAUUUACCUUCACACAUAUUCUUUCCUGAUUGCGGUGAACGACCACUUCAACAUCCCUAAUUUUAUUACCGGAAUUUUCCUCGAACAUGAUGUUCCCCGAGGGCCCUUUUCCCUACGGGUAGGAUUAUUCGAACAACGUUGCUAUCCCGUCUCAACGACGAGUUAUAAAGCGCUUGGGUCUAGAAUAUAUCGGCUUCGUCUACAGCACUGGCGAAUAACUGAGGCAUCGUCGGCCUGCACGAUGGAUCCGGACUGGGAUGAGGUAUCCCGGAUAGCGGUCCCUCCUUCAGGUCCCCAUGUCCUACCGACCGUCGCCUCAACGAUUGCGUUUGAUGACACACAGGAGUUACUGUGGACGGGAAAUGAAUUCGGACGAGUGACUUCCUUCUACGGGCCAGAGCUGCAGAGAUAUACGUCCGUAAAAGCACACCCGGCUUCUGAAGGGCCUGUUCGCCAGCUUCUAUUCCAUGAGAAAGGCGUAUUAUCAGUGUCCUCUAAGAGCGUGCAUCUCACCUCCCGCCGUGGCCUGACAAUAUGGCAUCUCUCCCACGAAGAAAUGGAGGAUCUCCGUUGCAUGAGUUUCACCAAGCAGGCUUCAAGGGUUAUUGUUGCUGGCUGCCAACCCGUAAUGUUCCACAUUGACGUUGACAAGGGAAUAAUUGUCGAGAAAUUAAACACGGAGCAUAAUUACACAAUUAUGAAAAAGAGUCGUUACCUAUGUGCCGCGACUGAUACUGGCUCUGUUAAUGCACUGAGUCUAUCCGAUUUCAGUGUCGUGAAAAGUUGGAAAGCACAUGGUACCGUUGUCAACGACAUGGAUGCGCGGAACGACUACCUCGUUACGUGCGGCUUUUCCGUACGACAUCUCGGAUCUCCGAUUGUCGACCCCUUGGCGAAUGUGUACGAUUUAAAAACCUUAGCCCCAUUACCCCCUAUUCCGUUUCACGCUGGUGCAGCGUACGUCCGAAUGCAUCCAAAGUUACAGACUACAAGCUUCGUAGCUUCCCAGACCGGGCAGCUCCAAGUAGUUGAUCUAAUGAAUCCUAAUGCUAUUAAUCUGCGACAGGCAAAUGUCACAUUUAUGCUCGGUCUUGAGAUUUCACCCUCAGGGGAAGCUCUCGCAGUCAACGAUGCUGAAUGCCUCAUACAUCUCUGGGGUUCCCCGUCCAAAAUCCAUUUCAACGAAAUGAGCAAGGAAACGGAGUUCGCGGAUGUUCCCUCCCGGCCGCCUAUGAUAGAUUGGUCAAAUGAUACCCCCUUGAACGUGAUUGGUAUUCCAUACUACCAUGAGCGAUUACUCUCUGCCUGGCCGAGCCACUUGGUUUUUGAAAUCGGAAGCAUUCCUCCGCAAGUUGAUCAGGCCAUUAUUCCAUAUCUUCACGCUGGGGAAAUAGGGCAUUACGCCCCCAAUCCACGGAAGACCAGGAGAUAUCAGGUUGAAAGCACGCGGGCACAACCCGCCGCGGAGCCGGCAUUAGCUGCUCCAAAGUUUUUAAGCGAGCGAGCAAGGGCUCAGGCAAAAGCCAAGUUUGACAAUAAUAUGAGUGAAACUGCGGAUACAUUAGAGAGUAUAGCCAUUAAUAAAGAGGCAGAGGAGGAUCCACUUUUAAAGUAUGGUAAUGUCGAGAUCAAGUAUAGCAAGUUCGGAGUGGAUGAUUUCGAUUUUAGAUAUUACAAUAACACGGUGUUUUCGGGAUUGGAGACGCAUAUUGCCAACUCCUUCGCAAACCCUCUUCUUCAGCUGUUUAAAUUCAUUCCACUAGUCAAAAAUUUAGCCCUCCACCAUGUAGCAACGAACUGCAUAUACGAAAACUGUCUCCUGUGUGAAAUGGGUUUUCUGUUUGACAUGCUCGACAAAGCAAACGGGCAAAACUGCCAGGCAACAAACCUGUUAAGAACCUUCAGUGGUUUUCGAGAAGCAACAAAUCUUGGUCUUCUUGAGGACAAUUUGACCACGAAGUCCCUGUCGUCAACUAUUCAGUCAGUCAAUCGGUUUUUCCUGCAUCAGAUAUCCCACGAUUUUCGAUUGAUGUUUCCACAUUCUGAAGAACUAGACCAUACACUCUCAACUGAUGCGGUCGAGUCAAUCCGCUGUAUGCUCUGCCGCAACGAGACAGUACGACCUGGAAACGCAUUUGUCAAUGAGCUAAACUAUCCCGCGAUCGACCCCAAGCAGGCACGGCGCAAUGCUUCCUAUCGAUUCCCUGAUAUACUCAAAUCUAGCAUUGAGCGCGAAACCCAAAAUAGGGGUUGGUGCAGCCACUGUCGCCGCUAUCAGCAAGUUUCUAUCCGAAAAACGGUUCACCGGAUGCCUCUGGUUUUGAUGAUAAAUGCAUCCGUAAAUAACCCGAACAGCCGACAAUUAUGGAGCACGCCUGGGUGGCUCCCCGAAGAGGUUGGGAUCAUUCUUGAAGAUGGCCGCAUACAAUGCUUCGAAGGCGAGGAGCUUAUAACACGCAGAAAGAAUGGUGCACCCGGCCUUAUAAUAUACGAACUGGUAGGGCUUGUGGUUGAAAUUGAUAUCCCGGAACACCACAAGCCACACUUAGUUUCUUUCAUAAACGUCGCAAUAUCUUCGCGUGAUGUGAACGACAAGAACCGAUGGCAUCUUUUUAACGAUUUCCUCGUGACGGAAGUUAGCCGAGAGGAGGUGUUUUCAUUUAAUCAGUCUUGGAAGUCGCCUUGCAGUUUGGCUUACCAAGUCCAGACUGCCCGACACGGCGUGGAUGAUUCUUGGAAAAGUGAACUUGAUACCACUCUGUUGUUUUACGAGUGGUCUAUGAAUAAUUAUCGCCCAACGGAGGCCUGCCGAGUGCUGCAACCUGAUGAAAAGCCCUCCACAGGAACCCCAGUUGCUCUCGAUACCGAAUUUGUGGACUUAGAGAAGGCAGAAAUUGAGGUCAAAGCAGAUGGAACCCAGGAAAUCGUUCGCCCAAGUAAAAGCGGACUUGCACGUGUUUCUGUCAUCCGAGGCUCUGGCACCGCCGAAGGUGUCCCGUUUAUCGAUGAUUACAUCACCAUAAAGGACCCAAUUGUCGAUUAUGUCACGCAGUAUUCAGGGAUCAAACCGGGCGACUUGGACCCACGAAGCAGCUCCCACAAUCUUGUUCCUUUAAAAGUUGCAUAUAAGAAGUUAUGGCUUCUUUUGAAUCUGGGCUGCAUUUUCGUCGGUCAUGGUCUGGCUUCCGAUUUCCGUAAAAUCAAUAUCCAAGUUCCUAAAUCACAAACUGUGGAUACUCAGUAUUUGUUUUUCCACCCGUCAAAAAACCGUCGCCUGAGUUUACGAUACCUUGCAUGGGCUGUUUUCAAGGAAUACAUCCAGGAGUCCACCACAUCUACCACUUCGCCUGAACCUGCUCAAGCUGCCCCUGUCAACGUUACCGCGAAUACAUCUAGUUCUGAAGGUCAUGACUCAAUCGAAGAUGCUCGCAUGGCCCUGCGACUCUGGAAAAGGUUCCAAGAAUACGAGGAUGCGGGUAUUGUAUCGCAAAUGCUUGAAGAGAUAUUCCGCGAAGGCUUUAAGCUGGGUUUCAAACCCCCUCCACGGAAUUCCCCUAAUUCUAACCCCGCUACGACUGUGCCGGGAGCUGCUAUAGCCCGACUUCCUGUCAGUGGGCGCAACACACCUGACGUAGCAGUAGUCGGAGCUGGAACGCUUAGCUCAGGCGGGAGUGUGAAUGGUAGUACACCGUCGACGCCGCGGCAAUCAUUCAGGAGAUCUUCCGCCCUCACUCCUAGCAAUGGUAGUUUCACAGGAAACACUAGCAAGAUACCGGACAUUUUUGGAGGUAGCCCUCUGCGAUGAGCCUUCUUCCAGAUAAAUGCUGCGAUUUGAAAAAUCACGUGUCAUUAUAAAUAAUAAUACCGUUUCUGGUCGAACAAUUUGCAAAAUUGGAAUUUUUAUGGCAGGAUCUGAGAGCCCAUCGAACUCUUGGCAUUCGUUAUUCAGGGGUUUGUUUUUUUAUAUAUAAUCAACGAUUGGUUAUAUGCAACUUGCUGCUCGCUAUGUACGUAUGGCUAAUAUACACGCACAUUUAAUGAAUUAUGAAUUAUCUAAGGACAUCCUAACAUGCCCGUAAACUGUCUAUCUCACGUUUCACGCAUACCUACUUAUCUUAGUACUUUAUCCGAUUCCACAUUUGCGAUACCGCCUGGGAAGCUACUCUAGAACAUUUCUCAAACAUAUUCUAUCAGCCAAAACUUUUCAAGUGUCCACUCAAGGCACGGGAUAGCCAAACCAACGUUCUAACACUCGUUCAUAUCGGCCUGAAACUCGCAUCCCUCUUUUUUUUUUUUUUUUUUUUUU